AUGGUCCGAAUAGAUAGUGGAUUCGCUGGAUCUCAACAUUCAAACAUGGCCAGCGAAAAACCAGUGCUACUUCACAGGAACAACACGACAUCUAUCCACCAACGGAGGUCUAAGAAAUCGGCUCUCGAGCCAUCCUCGUCUUCUGUCCAAGUCGCGAAUAUGGAAACCCGCCGACCCGUAUCAGAGCAGUGCUCAAGACCUCUACGCCAGCAAUCCACAACCUCAUCCGAGAACUCAACCAACCGAUCCAAAAGCCGCGGUCAUGGCUCCAAACCCUCGUCUAGGCGUACCUCUUGCACCAUAGUCGACCCUUCGCGACCAGCGCGCCACUACCGCGUCAAAAGCUUCCAAACCCCACCCACAGCCGACAUCGACGACGUGCUAGCCCUACACUUCCGCAGCUGCAGCAUCUUUUCCAACCCCUCCUACCAAACCAACUCUGGCCUCCCUUCCCCCACGCUCUCCCACGGCGACGCGUUCGGCUUCCCCAGCAACACCAGCACCACGCGCUUCAGCACCGACACUCUGCGCGUCGUCCAAGAAUCCGACGCGCACAACCACCACCAUCGCCCCAUCACCGAGCCCGCCCCUCUCCAUGACGACGCCACCACCACUGCUGCUGCCGCCAAAAAAACAAACACAACCAUGCACUGGACAUCCCCCUGCACGCGCCAACGCGAAUACCAAAGAAUCGACAAAGCAAACAGCGGCCUCCGCGGUUUCCUCCGCAGAAUAACCCCCAGAUGCGUUUCCGGUCCUCAAGAAAAAUUCUACACCAAGACUGACGAAGAUGCUGGGUCGGUGCGGCGCUAUCGCAUCAGCAAUGAUGACGAGUACGACGAAGAUGAGGGCGAAGAGACAGAAUACGAUUUACAGGCGAUGAAAGAGAAACAGCAUCAAGGUGUGAGACCGAGGACUAGUCCUGUGCCGAGACCGGGAUCGAGACCGGGGAUUAGGAAGAGGUGGACGUGCUUUUAG